GUCUGUGUGGCGGUUGUAUCUGUAUUGCAAUGUUCAGGAACACAAAAAUAUGUAAAUAUACGUAAUAUAGAGCGAGUGUAUGCUGAUUGUGUAUGUGUUUGUGCCGCAGAGUGCAAGAUGGUGAUCAGCGAGGGCUCGGACGUGGUGCUCACCGCCAGCUCGCACAAGCCGUUGCGCCGCAGCAAAUCCUGCCAACCAAAGGACGCGACGCUCAACUCCCACCGAGCCUGGUGUGCCCGCAGGAAGGACGAGCACCAGUGGCUGCAGUGGGACUUGGGGCCGCCGCACCUAGUGACCGGGGUGGUGACGCGCAGCCGCAGGGACACGGGGCGCAACCACUGGGUCAAGGCCUACACCCUCACUUACUCCAACGACUCCAAGGUCUGGUUCACCUACAAAGACGACAACCACCUCGAUACUAAGAUGAGCCAGAUAGAGCUUCCUGUGUUUGGAGGCAACCUGGACAAGCACACGGAGCGGCGCCACUACCUCAACUCCCCCUUCAAGGCCCGCUACGUCCGCCCGCACCCCCAGCGCUGGAGGAGGUCCAUCGCCCUGUGCGCCGCCCUCAUCGGCUGCCCACACAAAGGGGACUGCGGCGAGGGCUUCUUCCGCGUCCCGCCCGAUACCAGCUGCGGUGAAUGUGUCUGGCUUUAUCAGGACCAGCAGAUCCUGUACCGAGACUACGUGUUCGGCCUUGACCGCCUCACAGUCUUCGUCGAGAACCAGCGUCGCCUGGACACACUGUCGCCGCAGGACCACAAAAAGUGCGCCUCCAUUACAAGACUGAACAACGCUCUCUUCAGAGAGCGCGUGCACGUGGAGUGUCCUCAGCCCAUCAAGGGUCGUUUCCCGUACAUCAAGGCGAGCGGGGUUGCCAACAGGUGGCACCGCGUCUUCUCCAUGGUGCUGUGUGAGGUGAUGGCGUACUGACCCGCCUCGGCUGCUCACCACGCCCUCACCGACAUCAAACCCGCCUGCACUUCUUUCGCAGAUUAUGGUGAAAAGAAAAAUAUAAAUAACUAUUCACGUGACUGAGAAGCAAAUGGAAACGUUGCUUGCCACUCAGGAUAAUCAUGGAUAAUGCCUUUUGAAAUGGCAGAGCUAUUAUGCCCUCAAAAGGAAAUAGUGAUGGACAGACUCUCAUUUUGGGUGCCACGACGUUUUGUAUUCAGGGAUGAACAGUUUUGAGAUUGUAAAGUUAGUUUAUGUUUUAAAGAUGAACUGAAAUGGACAAAAUUCAUAGUGCAUUGUGGAAAGGGUGGAUCAUGACUUUGUGUCCGUGGAUAAGUGUUGCGUUGAUGGACGAGGUUCUCGGCGAUGAGGCCAGCGUGUGGUGGUGCAGUGGAAUGUUCAGUCAUCAUCUUCGACGGUUCUUCUCAUGUGGUGCGUCGUCAAACACCCCCGCACAGGAGACCGAUGGACGCGACCCACGAAUACUGCCCCGUGCAUGCACUGUGUGUACCUGUGAUAUGGUAGACAAGGAACACGAGUUAAGUACAUGACAUGCUUUACCUCCUUACUUAAGCUACAUUGUGUUUAGUGUUGUAGGUUUCAAAGUGAUGUUCGUUUAUGUGCGCUAAACAGAUGCGUUGGUGAGAUAUAAAUAUGAUGUUGGCAUGUCGGUUUCGGAAAGGUUUCUGCAUGGGAACUUUUAUACUUGAUCAGUCUUGUUUGAGUUAGUUCAUAAAAAAAGUGUUUCACAAAAUUAUAGGCCAUAUUUUGAUUCUCAUUGUUGUCAAGUGCCACUUUUGGCUCAAGGUAGCAUAUCCAGUCAGAAUUUGUCUGUUUAACGGUUGUCACAAUGAUGCUCAGCUCUUUGUACCUACCCUAAUUCCUUCGUUGGCUGACAAAUACAACCUGUAAUAUAUUUAACUAGGAUUUUGUUGCAUUAGGAGGAAUCUACGCGGUCAUCUUGAUAGUUUCGCCCCUAGGAACUACAGACGGACAGGCCGGC